AUGACGGAUGCCAAGUAUGUCCUCUGCCGAUGGGAAAAGCGAUUAUGGCCUGCGAAGGUAUUGGCCAGAACCGAGACUCCAACAAAAAAUAAGAGAAAAAAGGCAUUCUUUCUAAAUGUUCAAAUACUCUCCCUAGAGGAAAAGUUAAGUGUUGUGUUUUUUUUAAGACUGUUUUUUUGGUUUUGUUUUUGUUUCCUGCCUGGGAUUUCUGAUACUCUUUUCUCAUCCCCACAAAAUGAGAUCCAUUUGUAAAGACUGAUAGUGCUCUAGUUGCUAUUAUUCAUUAUUAUUAGUUCCUAAUCACCUUUAUGAGGAUGACACUUGAUUCUAUUUUAUGUUAGUUUGGAAGUUGAAGAUCUGAACAAAGCAUUCUGUGAGAUCCACAGACAGAUAUUUAUGAAAUUUGAAUACACAAGCUAUACCCAGGAGCAACUGUUUUUGGGGUCCAAAUAGAAAUCUUUCCUUCUCAGAUUAGUGUAUCUUCUUUUGGAAACUGCAUAGGCCUGUCGAUUUUGAAGCCUUUGAUUUCUAGCCUAGCACUCCGAUAAGAAACAAAUUUUCAGCAUUCAAAAGGUCAUUGAGUAGUUAAGGGGCAACCCAGUAUUGUCGUAUACCUGAUUAUCUUGGUAUGAAGAGGUGUGGGUUGUCUGCAAGGACAAUGAGUACUCCAGUGAUGUGUGAUGGUGGUGGCGUGUCUGGGGUCAGAAUCCCCACUUCUAAAGAGUUCCCUGGCUGCUUCUCUUUCUUGCUUGCGUCUCUUGGGGGGCUCCCUGGCCCCACUUCUUCCUGCCAUCUCCCGCUUCUUCAGAGCUGCCUCAAGAGCCCGCCUGGCCCCCAGCUCACACUCUCCCUGCGGCUGGGAAGAAUCCAGGUGAGGAGCACUGAAGUCAAGGUCCUAAAGAAGUCUCAAAUUGAGAACAUUGCUGCCUUGUUAGCCUCAGAGAGUCAAGUCCCCACCGCACCCCUGGAGGAGCUGACCUACAGACGGUCACUACGUGUGGCUCUAGAUGUUUUGGGUGAGACAUCCAGUUUGAAUCAAGAAAGCCAUUCAAGGAAAGAUGAACUUUCACUAUCUCAGAGAGAAAAUCAGUGUACAGAAGCAGCCUCCUCUGGCUCUGGUUCUCCUUCUCCAUCUUUACCCUGUGAAGAUGUGUCGGCUGAUUGUGGACCUGAGAGGAACAAGGGAUACAAACCACAGAGCUUGUCGCAAUCAUCCCCUAGUGAAAAGGAUCCUCAGUGCAAAGUGGGGCCUAAGCAGGGGCUUGGGAAAAGUGAAACCCCAAGAGCCCAGUCCGCCGCUUCAACUGGAGAAGGUUCUCAAGAUGAAAGUGGAUUAAGGAUUCGCCACAGAAAUCGGACUCUGGCACGUAAGUCCAGCUGGUGCCAGACAGUGCCUAUCCUUUCCAGGAGAGAGAUCAAAGCAGAGAAUAAGAGACAGGCCUUGCCUUCUCAAGCCAAGGAGAGUGAUCCAUGUGCCAAUUCCAAAGGACACGACCCCUCAGACAGCCUCCCAGUGCUCCCCACCCUGGAGCAGAGCAGGGGACGCUCUGCAAAGAGGUUGCGCCUCGAUAAAGGCCAGAGGCCACAUGCCACACAUCUGCAGACAGAGUCCAAGGGGGUAGCACUCAAAGGGACAACAUUGUUCCCUAAGCCAGAGACAAGUGAAUGCAAGACUUUGCACAGUACUGCGGAUAAACCCAGUCCAGCGCCUUCCAACACUCAGGCAGAGCAACUCGGCAGUCCUCCUCGGGACCAUGACCGUGACGGUGACAGGAUAGAAGAAGACCCUCAGUCCUCUGAAGAAUCCAUGGAGUUUAAUUCCACUAAUUCCAUCCUGGAGGAAGAUGAGGAAGAUGAGGAGCCGCCAAGAAUCCUUUUGUAUCAUGAACCACGAUCAUUUGAAGUAGGAAUGUUAGUCUGGCUUAAAUACCAAAAGUACCCGUUCUGGCCGGCUGUGGUCAAAAGUGUUCGGCGGAGAGAUAAGAAAGCCAGCGUGCUCUUCAUUGAAGGGAACAUGAACCCGAAAGGCAGAGGGAUCACUGUCUCUCUCAGGCGGCUGAAGCACUUUGAUUGUAAAGAGAAACAGACACUCCUGGACAAAGCCAAGGAGGACUACGAUCAGGCCAUCGGCUGGUGUGUGUCCCUCAUCACUGACUACCGGGUGCGGUUAGGCUGUGGCUCCUUUGCUGGCUCUUUCCUGGAAUAUUAUGCUGCUAACAUCAGUUAUCCUGUAAGGAAGUCCAUCCAGCAGGAUGUACUAGGGGCCAGUUUUCCUCAGCUGAGCAAGAGGGACCUCGAGGAGCAGGAGGUGGGCAGCCCUACGGGACGACGACAGCCCUGCAGGAAGGUGCUGCCUGACCGUUCCCGCGCAGCUCGAGACCGGGCCAACCAGAAGCUGGUGGAGUACAUUGUGAAGGCCAAGGGCGCAGAGAGCCACCUGCGGGCCAUCCUGAAGAGCAGGAAGCCAUCAAGGUGGCUAAAGACAUUCUUGACCUCUAGCCAGUAUGUGACCUGCGUGGAGACUUACCUGGAGGAUGAGGAGCAGCUGGACCGGGUGGUAAAGUACUUGCAGGGUGUCUACCAGGAGAUGGACAGUGAGAUGCUGACAAGGAUCAAUGGCGACAGGAUCAGGUUCAUCCUGGAUGUGCUUCUGCCAGAGGCCAUCAUCUGUGCAAUCGCUGCCGUGGACGCUGUGGACUACAAGACAGCUGAGGAGAAGUACAUCAAAGGACCUUUGCUCGGCUACCGGGAAAAAGAAAUAUUUGAUAACCAGCUCCUAGAGGAGAGGAAUCGGCGCCGCUGGUGAUGGAGCUGCUGUUCCCCGGGGUGGCCUGCUGUGUCUCUCUCACCGGGCCUGUGUGCUGGUUCCACAGUUAGUAAGAAGCCCGGCCCACGGACGCUCUUCUUGCUCCUCUUGCUUUUCAUGUUGUUCUCGAAUGCUCUGAAAAUCAGGAGGCCCCAGGGAGUGGGUUGUCUUGGGAUCUGUCAGCCUUGAAGAGUCAAUUUCAUUAACACACCAAAAGCUAGCUAUCUCUUCCUGAUGGUUUUUAGAAGGUGCAUUUCCUGAAAGUUGCUUUUUUUUUCUUCAGGUUUUUAAAAGAACAUUUUAUUACAUAGCCCUCAUUGUGACUGUAUAGUUGGAUAUGAGGUGUAACAUUUGUGUUUUAUGAUCCCCCAUUGCACCCUGCAUUCUCCAGGAACUUCUAAAAAGAGUGUGCAGUGAAUAUAUGGCUCACUCUGUAAGCACUGAUGUGUUUUUCUGAUCUUGUUUUGUUUUGCUUCCUUUGUGUGUGUCCUGCCGAUGAGUUCUGGCACCUGCUCUGCCCCUCCUGCAUGUUGAGCAGGCAAAGCAUCUUUGUGAGAGGCAGAACCAAAGAGCUGCAGCCUCAUGUUGCAGCUUGUGAGUGUGGCAUCCUUCUGUACCGAGGGAUAAAGAGACACAUUACCCAAUGGUUUCUGCAUCUAUCCCCAGGAGGGGGAUAGCAGCGGGUAUCCAGACACCAGAUGCCACAUGCAGUCUCCCUGUCUUGAUCAUCUACCUGGACAGCAUUGGUGGGGUCCCGGUAUAUACAGAGACAAGUCCUUUGUCCUGAAGGCUAGCACAGUGCAUGGCCAGCUGAGUGCCCCUGACCUGGAUGAAGGGUAAGCUCAACCCUGCCAUCUUGGAGGUGCUGUGGCCAGGCCAUUGUCCUCUAGCACAGUUGUGAUAAUUCUGUCAAAGUUGAAACUGAACACCAGUGAAUUAUUAAUUCUGAGCUAAUGCCUGAGGCUCUCUGUGGAAGUAAAUGUUGGCCAAGGGAAUUUUCAGAUUGUGACAUGAGAUGAAUUUGAAAUCAAGAUCAACUCCUUCCAGGCCAGAAGCCACACAUGGGUGUGGUCACUUGGUCACUGGGUUUGCAGCGGCCUCUUCCCUGGUAUACCCCCCCACCCAGGUGAUGGCUCAAGGAGCAAGAUUAGAAAGUAGUUCUUGCCGGGUGUCACCCCAGAAAGCCACAUGGAGCAGGGAAAAGCCUUGGUGAAACUCAGAAUCUCGUUGCCUUGAGCCUUUCUGGGGCCUGGCACAGGGAAGUGGCUUUGAUGGCAGGUGGGCAGGCACAGAGAACCUUCCAGUGGCCAUUUUGAUUGCACUUGACUUUGCUCAGAAGGAAAUGGAGCUGUAAGGCUGUGUCCAGCUCUGAUGGUCCCGCCUCCUUCUGUCCACUAUCUGUGGAGUUCACGUCCAGGGAAAGAACACACAAUUUGUGUCUCUGGGCAUCUGGCCCUGCACAAGUCACUCCCUGUACAUGGAGAGCCAGCUUUGCCCCUCUGUGCCCUCCCCUCCUCUCGGGAGGGGCCUCACCGGUGUUGCUGGCUGAAGCACUGUCCCUCUGGCGUGGGAAAACUUGUCCAAUAGCAGCCAUGGCUGAAUCUGGAGUUUCCCAUCGGCGUUGCCUGAAUCUGGAGUUUCCCAUCGGCGUUGCCUGGUAACCAGCAAUGGCCACAUCAAAUACAGGGGACAUUGGGGUGGCUGAGAAACCUGUUGGGGAUUCUGUGGAAAUGCUGUCUGUGUGUGAGAGUAUCUAUUGUUGCAAAGUAUUUUUAUACAUGUGCUUUUAUCUGUGCCGACCUUUACUGUGUCCUGAGGGUUGGAUUGUUCGGCUAUUCAGAUGAAUUAAAUGCCUUUUCAGAG